UUGGAAUGUUAGCGACCAACAAUCGGAACAACUGAGCACUCGGUAAUUGGACACUGGGACCGAGGAAUACCGCCGACCACCCCCCAUCUAUUCCUCCACUUUGAGGCUGCUGCUCGCCUCCCUCUCCUCGGCCGGAUAACUUCGCUCCUCUCCUCCGAUGAGGUUUUUAUGUUUAUUUGUGAGGGAAUGAGCGGAGGUAAGAAAUAAGCAGAGAAAUGCAGGGAUUUGUCAGGUUACAGUUGGAUCGCUGAAACGCCUCCCGGUGUUUUGAUUCUUCCUAACCGGGAAACAUGGAGCGAUAGAGGGACUGCAUCCAGGCGGAGAGGCGAUCACAUCCAGCCCGGGCUUUACCUCCACGUCUGGGAGAGCCUCAGGGACCCCAGCGGCUGUUUCCCCCCGUGGAGCUCCAGCCUCUGAAUCCAGCCUGGAUGAGGGGAAGGAGCCGCGGCUCAGAGGCUCCGGGAAGGUCUUUGUAGGUGCGUUGCUGGAUGUGGUAAAAACUCCACAAAAGCGGUUUAAAAUCGCCCACAUGCACUGGAUCAAUCCCCGGAUCUCGGAGCACUACACACAGACGGGGGGUUGGGGAUGGAGCGAUGCAGCCGGGGCUGGUGAGAGCCUAACUUGGGGCCACUUUAGCUUUGUUAUUCCUGAGCAAGUCGCCUCUGUUCCCGGGACACAUGCAGGCCAAAAAACGCUACCUGAUCCUGCUGUCCGCCGGAGCCUGCCUGGCGCUGCUCUUCUACCUCGGAGGCGUUGAGCUUCCAGCGGCCAGGAGGAGCCGGCAGGACCGCAGCAGGAACGGGCACAGACCCGAGCAGCCGUGGCCCCACUACUCGGACCCUUUACACAGCUUCCUACCGUGGGAUCAGACGGACACCGAGGAUUACAACCUGCACAUAUCUCCGAAGCAGAAACGGGAGGUGAACAGGAGCGUUUACAGAGGCAGGAGGUGCCGCAUGGAUUCCUGCUUUGACUUCUCUCUGUGUGAGAAGAACGGAUUCAAAGUUUAUGUUUACCCCCAGCAGAAGGGGGAGAAGAUCUCUGAGAGCUACCAGAACAUCCUGUCCACCAUCGAGGACUCCAGGUUCUACACCUCAGACCCGGCCCAGGCGUGUCUGUUCGUCCUGAGUUUGGACACUCUGGAUCGGGACCAGCUGUCCCCGCAAUAUGUCCACAACUUAAAGACAAAGAUCCAGAGCCUGCCUUUGUGGAACGACGGCAGGAACCAUCUGAUAUUCAACCUGUACUCCGGCACCUGGCCGGACUACACGGAGGAUCUGGGCUUUGACAUCGGCCAGGCCAUGCUGGCCAAAGCCAGCAUCGGCUCGGAUAACUUCAGGCCCAACUUUGACGUGUCCAUCCCACUCUUCUCUAAAGAGCACCCUCGGACUGGAGGAGAGAGGGGCUUCCUGAAGUACAACUCUAUCCCGCCCUUCAGAAAGUACAUGCUGGUGUUUAAGGGGAAGCGCUACCUGACCGGGAUCGGCUCGGACACUCGGAAUGCCUUAUACCACGUCCACAACGGGGAGGACGUGGUGCUGCUCACCACCUGCAAGCACGGGAAGGACUGGCAGAAGCACAAGGACGCACGGUGCGACAAGGACAACGCAGAGUAUGACAGAUUCGACUACAAGGAGAUGCUCCACAAUUCCACCUUCUGCUUGGUGCCCCGGGGCAGACGGUUGGGCUCCUUUCGCUUCCUGGAAGCGCUGCAGGCUGCAUGUGUGCCGGUGAUGCUGAGCAAUGGCUGGGAGCUGCCUUUUUCAGAGAUCAUCGACUGGAACACUGCCGCAGUCAUCGGCGACGAGAGGCUCCUGCUGCAGAUUCCUACCACCGUGCGCUCCAUCCACCAGGAUAAGAUCCUGUCCCUCAGACAGCAGACUCAGUUACUCUGGGAGGCGUACUUCUCCUCUGUGGAGAAGAUAGUGCUGACCACACUGGAGAUAAUCCAGGACCGAGUGCUGGAGGACGGCUCCAGGAGCAGCCUGAUGUGGAACAGUCACCCUGGAGGCCUGUUUGCCUUGCCGCAGUAUUCGGGCUACUUGGGAGAUUUCCCGUUCUACUACGCCACAUUGGGUAUUAAACCGUACCCUAAGUUCACUGCAGUCAUCCACGCCGUCUCCCCGCUGGUGUCCCAGUCCCAACCCAUACUGAAGCUGCUGGUAGCUGUGGCCAAAUCCCAGUACUGUGCACAGAUUAUCGUCCUGUGGAACUGCGACAAGCCUCUCCCCGCCAAACACCGCUGGCCCGCCACCUCCGUGCCCGUCAUCGUCAUCGAGGGGGAAAACAAGGUCAUGAGCAGCCGCUUCCUGCCCUAUGAGACCAUUGUAACCGAUGCUGUCCUCAGCCUGGACGAAGACACCGUGCUGUCCACCACAGAGGUGGACUUUGCUUUCACCGUCUGGAUGAGUUUUCCGGAGCGGAUCGUGGGUUACCCGGCCCGCAGCCACUUCUGGGACAGCAACAAGGAGCGCUGGGGCUACACCUCCAAAUGGACCAAUGAUUACUCCAUGGUUCUGACCGGUGCCGCCAUGUUCCACAGGUACUAUCACUACCUGUACACCCACUACCUGCCCACCAGCCUGAAGAACAUGGUGGACCAGCUGGCCAACUGUGAGGACAUCCUCAUGAACUUCCUGGUUUCUGCCGUCACCAAGCUGCCGCCUAUUAAGAUCACACAGAAGAAGCAGUACAAGGAGACCAUGAUGGGCCAGUCAUCGAGGGCGUCCCGCUGGGCCGACCCAGACCAUUUCGCCCAGCGGCAGACCUGCAUGAACAAGUUCGCCAGCUGGUUUGGCGGCAUGCCGCUGGUCCACUCCCAGAUGAGGCUGGACCCCGUGCUCUUCAAGGACCAGGUCUCCAUCCUCCGCAAAAAAUACAGGGACAUUGAGAGGCUCUGACAGGACCGCCGCCCCCUCGGGGGAGACUCCACACAGGGGGAGGCGCGCGACAGAGACUCCGUAGAGAGUCGGAGGAGCAUCCGAACUACGGCAGGAUGGACGGGGUGAGACGUCGCCCUGUCAUCCACUCAGCACAUUGCCAAUGACCACAGCGCUGCUGCUGCAUCCUGGACCUGAUCCAGGUGGAACAAACAGAUGGACGUAAAAACAAAGGAAACAGAGACUGUAUGUUUCAAACACGGCGAGCACUACUGACGACAGAAACUGUUGGAGAGAAUAUUUUUUUGUACAAGGAUUCCGGCAUCAAAGGGAGCCUUCCCAGCAUUCUCUGCACACAUGCAGGACGGUAGAGGGGAAGGCGUUUGUGAUGGCUGACCGACACAAAUCCCAGCGCUCGUCCCUCCCUCAUCCGCAUCAGGACUGAAACUGGAGCCGCUGCAGAGAUCCAGCUUUUAUAUGUGUGAGGCCUGCUGGCACAAAGUGUUUUCAUCGACAUCUAUCCGGUCCCCGGCUCAUUCCUCCACCGUGUUUCCUAUCAGCCUUUUAUCUCUGUGGUGGGCGAGGAGAACUCCUCGUUUCAUGACCCACUUUUCUCUUAUUCUCACUCCUCUGUGUCCAGAGUCCUGGAAAGUCGGCUCAUCCAACCAAAAGCUUGAAGCAGAGAAAAAAAAAAUCCCUGGAAUAAGUAAGAUGAACAU